CUCCUCGAAAAGCGCAUGCGCAGUGUGUGUGUUGGGAGCAGAGGUGCGUCGCGUCGGGCAGCUGCUCUGACGGGGAGAAGAGGGACUGGGGAAGCCGGUGAGGAUACAAAGGCGACACGGGCCGGGGAACCGGCCGCUUCCAGCCGUUUCCUUCCAGCUCAGUAUGUGGAAGCUGAGCCCAGCUGACGAGUCCGGGCCAGGACAGUCAUGUAACCUUCUAGUUGGUGUCGAAUAUGUUGUUGGACGUAAGAAUUGUGCCAUUUUAAUUCAAGCGGAUCAGUCCAUCAGCCGAAGCCAUGCAGUCCUUUCAGUUAGUCACCCUCAAGUGAACCUUAGCCAGUCUUCUACAUUUCCUGUGUUAACUUUAAAAGACACUUCUAAAUAUGGUACCUUUGUUAAUGAAGAAAAACUAGCAAAUGGUACUACUAGAACUUUGAGGUCCGGUGACAGAGUCACUUUUGGAGUCUUUGGAAGCAAGUAUAAAAUAUUCUAUGAGCCUUUGGUAGUGUGUUCUUCAUGCUUAGCUGUUUCACAGAAAAGUGCUUUCAGUAAAAAUAUUCUACAGCUGGGAGGCCAUGUGGUGAAUGAGUGGAAAGAAGGAUGUACUCACCUUGUUAUGGACUCAGUCAAACUUACAGUUAAGGCAAUAUGUGCCUUGAUCUGUGGUCGACCAAUUGUGAAGCCAGAGUAUUUUGAUGAAUUAAUCAAAGCAAUUCAGGCGAAGCAGCAGUUACCAACACCUGAAAGUUUUUACCCUCCUAUUGAUGAGCUGAGUGUUAAGAAUAAAAAAAUUGAUCUGGCAACCUCUCCUAUUAGAAGAACAAUAUUCAUAGGAAAAACGUUUGUGUUUCUAACUGCUAAGCAGUUUGCAAAACUGAGUGCAGCAAUUAAAUUUGGAGGAGGAGAAGCGAAACUGAUAACGGAGGAAGCAGAGAUUGUUUCUUCUUUGGUAGCACCUGAUAUUUGUGUCAUUGAAGUAGGGUUGACAAACUCUCAAGGAUCCAUUUCUGACUCGGACAGGAAAUGGAUGGAUAGAAUCACAGCUGUCUUCCAAAGGAAGCAAUGGAGGACAAUAUCUGAGGCAGAAAUUGGUCUAGCAGUUAUUUUUUCAUCUACAAAAACAUACUGUAAUCCUCAAACUCCACUUGAUGCAGGUGUAAAACCCACAUCAGCACCACUUGUUACAGGACCAAACCUUUCUCAAGGUGUAGUAGUAGAUGAAACAGUAAUGCCCACCAUUGCAGUAUAUGUAGCUGACACAGAAAUGGACCAGCUGAUGGACACAUGCAUGGAAGAGUCAGGGGAGAAGAGAAAGAAAGCAACAACUCCUAUCAAGGAACAAAGGAAAAAACCUUACCCACUGGAUAUAACUACUGUUAAUGAGACUCCAGCAGGAACUGGCACUGUGAAUGUUGGGGCUACAUUACCCAGGUUGAAUGCAAGGCCCGGGACUAACCAAACUAGCCUUUUGCCCUCUCCCUCUAAAAUGUCAGGGAACAGAAGAAAUAAAGAGGAAGAUUCACAGCAACAAUUGAAUUCAAUUAAAAACUACUUCCAGACAGUUACAAAAAAAAGGGAAAGGGACGAGGUUGAAGAAACAUCACAGUCUAAAUAUGCAAGGAUAGAGGAGAAAUCAUCACUGGCUUAUAGUCAUACUCAGCCUGUAACUUCUUUGUUGUGGGAAAGCAAGGCAGGAGGAUCUCAAAAAGGGUCACAUACCUUGGACCAGAACACAAACGAGUCCUGUAUAGGUGGAAGUCAAAAGUCUAUUGCAGAGACCAGCCAGUUAGAAAAUAAUAAUAAUGAAAGCAUUAUUGCAUCAAAAAAGAGAAAAGAAUUGGAAGACUCAAUAGAAGAUGAAGCAUCAUUAGAACUUGUCUUUGCAAGCCAAGAACUGGAUUGGGAAGAUGAUAUAGGAAAUCAUGGUGAAGGCAGUGCUCAAGGUGCAAAGAAGAAAAGGAAAUUGGAACUGAAAGAAAAGACUUCAGAUAUGGAGACUGGGGUACUUCAGCAAGAAAAGAAGCAGUCGCUUCCAGUUUUAAACCAGAAGCAAGAGAGAGAAGAAUCGCCAGGCUCUGCAAAAAACGACUCCAAUAAUCCUGAUAGAUGUGCAAAUGACUCUAGCAAUCUGCCCAGCAGACUCUUGCUGACUGAAUUUAGAUCAUUGGUUGUUAGUCAGCCAAGGAAAGAUGGUCGUUGCGCUACAAAAAUAGAUUAUGGACUUCUGAACAACUUUAAAAAGUUUAAAAAGGUAGCUUAUCCUGGAGCAGGACAACUUCCAUACAUUAUUGGGGGAUCAGAUCUGAUAGCUCAUCAUACUAGAAAGAAUUCUGAGAUGGAAGAAUGGUUGAGGCAAGAAAUGGAGGAACAGAGUCGCCAAGCAAAAGAAGAUUCGCUUGCAGAUGACCUCUUCAGAUAUGAUCCCCAUGUAAAAAGAAGAUAAGGUGUGCCUUGAAUCAGACCUACAGCGGAAGAAAAGCUUGCCUGGCCCACUGGCAAUAAAUUGCAACAUCAGAGUUAAUUUUACACUGAUCAUACCUCCUGAAAACUUGCUUUUCAUAUUGAAGAAAGGAUGCAAGACUUUGAAUGAUUCUUCAAACAUGUUACAGCUAGUGAUGGAUCCAUGCAUUAUCUGCCCACAGCGCAAAAGACUGGUCUAGGCUGACUUUGUAAUGCUCAAUACAAAGGUAGCAUUAACAUUCAAACUAGAGUAGAACUUAAGCCAUUUAAACUCUCUCCUACGUUUUGCUGCUCUGGCAGUGAAUAAAAGAAGUAUCUCUUCCAUCCCUGACACUACAGUGGUUGCAUGCUUUAAUGGCUAUUGACUCAUGUUAGCAACACUUGGGAAAUGACAUUAUUCAACAGUACUUCCAGCAUCCAGCCUUAGCAGCAUGCUGGACAUUAGGAAGCUGAGAGAAGAGAGACCUCCCUCAAUUGUCCUGCCAUCACUGCCCCUGUUUGGAGCAGCAACACAAGUGUAGGGGACAGAAACAUGGGAGGACACAGAAAGGUGGUUGAAGGAGCAUUGGAUAUCAUUGGGAAAGUUGCAGGAAGGAUCAAAUCCUGUUGUACUACCAAUGAAAUCAAGACCAAAUAGGCUCAGAACUGGAUUUGAAAGGGCCCCAAGUUAUUUUCAGAGUUUGAGAGGGAGGGUGCAGAGACUUACUAAGGGGAAUUUGCCCAUCAAUAGUUAUAGCACACAAAGCCUUUGAAAUUCUUUUUCAACUUGCAUUCUCUAUCCAAAAUUUUGUUUUUAUCAAAGCAAAUAGGUUUCUUUUUUUAAAAAAACACACAUUUGUUUUAACCUAUUUUUUGUAUGGUAUGAUGACUAUCAGAAUUGUCAAAUGGCAACAUGGGAUUUGUAACAUGGGUAUUGCUCACUUCUGUACUGUUUUGCAUCUCAAAUUGGCUUUGAUCCUUUUAGUAAAUUAUUAGUCUCCGUAUUGAUGGGAAAUCUUUUCUUUGGUUCUCAGAAUUUUGAUGCUUACAAAGACUUGUGCCUGUUGAGAUAGGAGUAAGAGCAGCUAUCAUCAAAUUACUGUAGUUUAUUUUGCCUAAGCAGUGUUGCAUCUGUUUGGUGCCUUACAUGAGACAGGGUGCUAUAGGCCCAAAUCUGCCAUACUUCUGUUAAAUCAGAGGAAUGUAAAACAGAUACUUCUCAGAUGUGUCCCAUAAACUCCUUAGAUUUAGGAAAGUUUAGUAUCAGUUUGACCAUCUCUAGCAUAUGCAUGGCUUAGCCAAGCUGGUUGAAACAGGUAAUGCCAGGCAUCCCCAAAGUUCGGCCCUCCAGAUGUUUUGGACUACAAUUCCCAUCUUCCCCGACCACUGGUCCUGUUAGCUAGGGAUCAUGGGAGUUGUAGGCCAAAACAUCUGGAGGGCCGCAGUUUGGGGGUGCCUGGGUAAAGCAGGCCUCUCCCAACCCAAUGCUGUCCAGAUGGUUGGGGAAGGCUCUUCUAAAGAAUGCUUAUGAAGACUAAACAUUUGUUUCAUGCUUCCAGUCGGUCCAUGUGUGCAGCCUAAGCAAUAAGCCUUUUCUGGGAUAAUUUUUGUGCUUAAGUGCCCAUACAGAGGACUUUCCCUUGGAUCAAAGCGGCAGCUAUUUGGUGAUUUCCCUUAAGAAUAACUCUUCCCAGAAACACAGGUAAGAAUGACUGGUAAAUGCUAAUAAAGUAUUCUAUACAUGCAUAAUUGCUUGGUUUGCAGACUAUAUACCAACACAUGGAAAAAGACAAAUGGCUGCUAAUGAUGUCAAAUAUUUAUUAGUCAAUUUCUUUCAUAAUCAUGAACUUACCUGCAUAAAGGGUGUAACCUUUGCUUUCUAAGUGCAUUUCCUCUUGGGGUUGUUGCAUAUUACAGGGAAGACUAGCCUUAAAGUAAUAACUGCUAGUUUCCCAGAUCCUGUGGAUGCAAAUUUUUGUAUGUAGUAAAACCUAUUAAAAAUAAAUAGAUAAAUUUCAAUGUCUAGCCCUUGUUUUGGAGAUAACCUGAAAUACACACACAGUAUAGGCACUGGCAAUAACAAUUAUAAUCAUAGCUGCCAAGUUUUCCCUUUUUUAAAGGGAAAUUCCCUUAUGCUGAAUAGGCUUCCUCGCGAGAAAAUGGAAAACUUGGCAGCUAUGAUUAUAAUUGCUAAGCACUGGAGUUCAAUGUUUACUAUCCCCUCCCUAUUGCCUUUAGAAAUAUUACACCACCCUAAUUUCUACCACACCCCUUGGCAGUCAUUACAGUAUCUCACUUGCCACCAUUGUACAAAACAAGGGAGAUUAGUUUAAUGAGUUGCAUAUUUUAUUAGCACAGCAUUCCUUGCAGGUGUGGCUAAAUCACUUCCAAUUGAUCAACACUGAAUUGUGGCCAGCACAGUGUGCAAGUUGCUAGCCUUAAUAACCCCAAGUGUAGAAAGGCUACAUUUGCCAGUUUAAAUGACUAGGCCAUUUCCAAAAUAUUGUAGCAGCUAGCAUAUUUUAAACAUUUGGAAAAUAAAUUAUUAAAAGCAGAUCUCGGCAACAAAAAACCCACAGCCAGCUAUCCAACUUGUCAAGAGUCUAUUUGACCAGAAGUAUAUGACAGUCCUCUCUGCAACUGUGUACACUUCUUGUACGCUUGACUUUGUUCUUGCUAGCUCAAAUGCUUACACAUUUACCUACUCCAUUUUAAUAAGUCCCCUCAAAUUACUUAAGUCCCUGCAAUUGAUUGGUGGAAGCAAGGUACUAUUGUGUCUACUGACACAUUAGAAUUUUCUUCCAUGCAUGUGUAGAUUUUGUGUUUUGCAAGAUGUCUAAAUUUAUUAACCUGUAACUAAAAUGUUUUCUUUCUGCUUUAGCAACAAGUCUGUUUUGAAAAAAGUUGAUCUAAAGUCAGUUCUGUCAUCAUGCCCCUUAUAUUUGAAUUAGAACUGCCACUAAUAGCUGGAAAGGGGAUUCCAUCUUUUUAAUCAGAUGAAGCCAUUAUAGUGAAACUACUUUAGCCACCUCUACACAAAAUCUGUAGUCCAGUGAACUAGAAAACUAAAACAGUAUUGAGGAUGCUGUUCUUGGUGUUGAGCCUAACUCAAACUGACGCUUAAGCAGGUGUAAAAGAAAGUCUUCCCUCAUUCCUGGGUGAAAAUCGGUCACUUGGUGGUACUGUACUGUGGGAGAAAGUGCUGAUCAUUGCCUCAGUUCUGAGAGACCUGUAUGUCCAAAUUCAGAAGCUGUUCCUACACUACAGAUGUGGGGGAUUCUUGAACCAGUACACACAUAGAUGGGAAAUACUAUGUUCUGUAAAAAAAAUAAGCAAAUUACAUACAACCAUGACACAUUUUGAGUUAGAUAACCUUUAAAUGCACUAUUAAAAGAAGUAAGUGGAAUAACCUUCAUUACCAGAGAAAUGUAGCUUUCCAUUCACAAUUCUCAGACCUAGGGAGUUUAAAGAUGUCAUGUCCUUCUACAUUAAUUGGGUCUUGAGUCACACAUGUGACUUCCAUUAUUACAAUUUUUCAAUUAAUUAUAAAUUAUUGCCUCCAAGGAUUUAAAAUGAGGACUGUCAAUUUACAAAACCAAAUCCUUCUAAAAAUACCAGCAACUGACAGCUUAUCCUGCCCUAAGUUAAUAUCCACUUACAUAAAAGCACUUGCAUAAUUUCUUGGUAUCACUUCAGUCAAUAAAAAAAAAUCACAAUCUAGAGGCUUAUUUUGAAAAUUACCACCAAUUUAACAACCUGCAAUCCGUAUUUAAUUUCAUAGCAAAGCACCUUUGCAAAGAGAAGCUUAACAUUAGUAUCUGGGUGGUUGAGAACUAUAAGAG